AUGACGAGCUAUCAUAAACCCGACGAGAAGACUCUGCAGGGGCUGAAAGACAUUGCUAAUAAGCUCAGGAUCAGCUCUAUCAGAGCUACCUGCGCUUCCAAUUCCGGUCAUCCAACAUCAUGCUGCAGUGCUGCCGAGCUCAUGUCCGUAUUGUUCUUUCACACCAUGCGCUACAAAGCUGACGAUCCCCGCAACCAAUGCAAUGACCGCUUUGUGCUGUCGAAGGGUCAUGCUGCCCCGGUUCUGUAUGCUGCUUGGGCUGAGGCUGGAUACCUAAAGGAAGCAGACCUCCUGAAUCUUCGUAAAUUUGACUGUGACUUGGAGGGCCAUCCCACACCGAAACUGGCCUUUGUGGAUGUGGCUACUGGAUCUCUUGGACAAGGUCUUGGAGCUGCUUGUGGUAUGGCAUAUACUGGAAAACACUUUGACAAGUCCAGCUACCGUGUUUAUUGCAUGAUGGGCGAUGGAGAAUGUUCAGAGGGCUCUGUGUGGGAGGCCAUGGCAUUUGCAGCCCACUACAAACUGGACAACCUUGUGGCUAUAAUGGAUGUGAAUCGACUGGGACAAAGUGAACCUGCUCCUCUUCAACAUGACAUGGAGACUUAUCGCAAGCGCUGUGAAGCUUUUGGGUGGAACACGUACGUUGUAGAUGGACAUGAUGUGGAGGAGCUUUGCAAGGCUUUCUGGCAAGCUCAACAAGUGAAGGAUAAACCUACAUGUAUUGUAGCAAAGACUUUCAAAGGCAAAGGACUGAAAAAUAUUGAGGAUCUGGACAACUGGCAUGGAAAGCCAAUCCCUAAGGAUCGUGUUGAUGAUCUCCUCAAGGGGCUCCAGGCGCUUAUCCAGGUCCCAAACAGAACUCUUUCCCCUCAGUUACCAGCUGAUGAUGCAGCCCCUGCUGACCUUAGCCCAAUCUCCCUGCCUUCACCCCCAGCUUACAAAAAAGGAGACAAGAUUGCCACAAGACGUGCUUAUGGGGUUGCUCUGGCUAAACUAGGUCAGGCCAGCCAAAGAGUGGUGGCCCUGGAUGCUGAUACCAAAAACUCUAGUUUCGCAGAAACUUUCAAAAAGGCAUUCCCCGAUCGCUUCAUUGAAUGCUUCAUUGCUGAACAGAACAUGGUGGGAGUGGCUAUAGGCUGUGCCACACGUGGCCGCACAGUCGCGUUUGCCAGCACCUUUGCAGCUUUUCUGUCCAGAGCUUAUGACCAGAUUCGAAUGGGUGCCAUAUCACAGACAAACGUGAACCUGGUAGGCUCUCACUGUGGCGUUUCUAUUGGUGAGGAUGGGCCUUCUCAAAUGGCACUUGAAGACUUGGCCAUGUUCAGGGCUAUACCAACAUGCACUGUGUUUUACCCCUGUGAUGGAGUCUCUACAGAAAGGGCUGUAGAAAUCGCAGCAAACACACAGGGUAUUUGCUUCAUUCGUACUAGCAGACCAGACACUGCAGUGAUUUACUCACCAGAGGAAAAGUUGGAAGUCGGCGUUGCAAAGGUGGUGAGGCAGUCUGACAAUGACUGUGUUACUGUGAUUGGAGCUGGAGUCACACUCCAUGAAGCCCUCGCUGCUGCAGACAUCCUGGCCAGUGAAGGAAAGAAUAUCCGUGUAAUUGACCCCUUUACUAUCAAACCACUGGAUGCUGCCACUAUCGUGUCUAGUGCCAGAGCAACAAAAGGACAAAUCAUUACAGUGGAAGAUCACUACAAAGAAGGUGGCCUUGGAGAAGCUGUUCUGUCUGCUGUUGCCACUGAACCUGGUAUUGUUGUUACCCGGUUGGCAGUGACUGGUGUCCCACGUAGUGGAAAACCUCAAGAGCUCCUUGACUUUUAUGGCAUUAGUGCCAAACACAUUGCUAAUGCAGCUGAAGAGUUUGUCUGCAAACUUCACCUUAGUGAGAACUCCAGCCGUCGCCGCACAGGCCAGGGGCACCUGUUCUGUUUGUCUCUGCAUGUCUGGACCAGUCAGAGCUCUUUGGGCCUGACACAACCUCUGAAGGGAUGGAGAAGUAAAACAGAAAAUUCUACCAAUGGACUCACGUCUGCGCUGAAAGACCUGUACACUGAAAAACAACGCCUUUUGGACAACAGCAAAGCAAAGGUAGAGGAGGAGGAGGAUGAUGACGAUGAUGAUGAAGACGACGAUGAUGAUGAGGAGGAAGAGGAGGAAGAGGACGAGGAAGAAGAGGAGGAAGAAGAAGAGGAGGAGGAGGAAGAGGUAGAAGAGGAAGAGCCAACGGAGGUGCCUAAUAAUCAAACAGAAGCCCACAUCAGCUUGGGCCCGUCCCAGCAGCCAACAGAAUGUGUUGUCGGUGCAGCAGAGAUCAGCUGCAGAGGCCUGGGUCUUUCUCGGCUGCCAACAUUCAACAACCCGGACAUCACCAAAAUGGACAUGACAGGUAACAUGCUCAAAAACCUACUUCCGAAGGAUUUCUCUGGCCUGAAAAACCUGGGCACUCUGGAUCUGAGCAAAAACCAACUAGUGGAUGAUGCACUGGGCCAACGCACGCUUUCAAAUUUGACUCUUCUCAAGAUGCUAAACCUAGAUGAUAACCUGCUCACCACAUUACCAGUGCUGCCGGUGUCUUUGGAGAUGUUAUCAAUCAACAACAACAGACUUAGAUCAAUCACUACACACAGCUUCAGAGGGCUGGCAAACCUUGUGCGUCUGGAGAUGGAGGAGAACUUACUUGAUGAGGGCACAGUAUCACCUGAGGCCUUCAAACCUCUGGAGAACCUGCUUGAUCUUCAGCUCGACAACAACCGCUUCAGGUCUUUCCCCCUGGGCCUCCCACCCACUCUGCAGGUGUUGGAGAUCAGUGAAAAUCUAAUAGAAGACAUGAGAGAGGAGGCCCUGAGAGGCUGUGUCCACUUAAGAGUAUUGGACAUGAGCCACAACCUGCUGACCCAGAGAAGCAUCGCUCUCAACACAUGGAGACAGGCAGGCUCCCUUGAGGCCUUGGAUCUGUCCUUUAAUCAGUUCACAUCAGUACCCACUGGUCUUCCCAGCACUCUGCUUAGACUGAACCUGCAUCACAACAACAUCAGUAGCGUUCCUGCCUUCACCUUCAGACACCUGCGCCCCGGCCUGACCUCGCUGCGGCUGUCCCACAACUCUUUGGGGAACCAUGGGGUGGAGCGGCACUCGUUCGUGGGCACUUAUCGGUCCCUCGUCGAGCUCCUCCUGGACCAUAACCGGCUGAAGGAGGUCCCGCGGUGUGUGAGGCAGUUCAAGAACCUGCAGGUGCUCAGGCUGGACAACAACCACAUCAGGUGA